AUGUCAACUCCAAUUGUGCUCGAUCAAGGUACAGGAUUCGUCAAGAUUGGACGAGCAGGUACCAAUUUUCCCGACUAUACGUUUCCUUCGAUGGUUGGACGUCCAAUCUUGCGAGCAGAAGAACGUAACAUUCUUGUGCCGGAUGACGUAGAAAUUAAGGACAUAAUGUGUGGUUCUGAGGCGAGCCAAGUACGAUCCCUUUUGCAAAUCAACUACCCAAUGGAGAAUGGUAUAAUCAAGAAUUGGGAAGAUAUGGAACAUUUAUGGGAUCAUGCAUUUUUUGACAAGAUGAAGAUUAACCCUGUGGGUCAAAAGAUUUUACUUACAGAACCACCAAUGAACCCAUUGAAAAAUAGAGAAAUGAUGUGUCAGGUUAUGUUUGAGAAAUACGGAUUUGGCGGAGUUUAUGUUGCGAUCCAGGCAGUGCUAGCAUUGUAUGCGCAAGGUUUGAGCUCAGGAGUUGUGGUUGAUUCAGGUGAUGGUGUUACGCAUAUUGUCCCUGUCUAUGAAUCCGUUGUUUUGAAUCACUUGACAAGGAGAUUGGACGUUGCAGGAAGAGAUGUCACUAGACACUUGAUCAACUUAUUGUUCCGCCGGGGUUAUGCUUUCAACAGAACUGCUGAUUUUGAAACUGUGCGUCAAAUCAAGGAGAAGUUAUGUUAUGUUAGUUAUGACUUGGCCUUUGACGCCAAGUUGGCUACUGAAACUACAACUUUAGUCGAGUCUUAUGAGUUACCAGAUGGAAGAGUGAUUAAAGUUGGUAGUGAACGUUUUGAAGCACCAGAAUGUUUGUUCCAGCCACACUUGGUGGAUGUAGAGCAACCCGGUGUUGGUGAGACUUUGUUUAAUACAAUCCAAGCAGCUGAUGUGGACGUCAGGUCCUCAUUGUACAAGGCUAUUGUCUUGUCUGGUGGUUCUUCAAUGUACCCAGGUUUGCCAUCGAGAUUGGAAAAAGAGUUGAAACAACUAUGGUUAACAAAAGUGUUGCAUGGGGAUGCUUCGAGAUUGGACAAGUUUAAGGUAAGAAUUGAAGAUCCACCAAGGAGGAAGCACAUGGUGUUUAUCGGAGGUGCUGUUUUGGCCAACAUCAUGGCAGACAAAGACCACAUGUGGAUCUCAAAACAGGAAUGGGAAGAGCAAGGACCUCGGGUUUUGGAAAAAUUAGGGCCACGUUAA